ACGAAACGAAACCAAAAUAACAAAACUAAACGGGUUUAAGAUAAAUUGUAGGAAAAGUAGAAACGAAAACCUCCAACUAAUUAAGCAAAAGUAAACAAACAAAAAAAGGAAAGAACAUAAAUUAAAAUUAAAGCUAAUUUCUGGUGCAUAUAACUCCAUUAAAAGACGAAGUCCGACCCAUUAGCCUAGUUGAGAGCCAGUAGAAGGCAAAAAAGGUAAAAGGAAGAAGGAACAGAAGCAGAAGCAGAAGCAAAAGCAAAAGCCGGAGCUGCCGUAACAACUGCAGCAGAAGUGCCAAAGAUAAUUCAAUCACAAAACGGCCAGACCAACUCUGAGAACUGCUGCUGGAAAAACUAAAGCAACACACACAAAACUACAGCAACUAAGGGAAAAACUUGAAAAAAAACUUUCGUCAAACGCUCGUAUAAAGCGGAAAUCGUGCGCGUGUGAACAAAAAAGUUUUGCUUAUUUCACUCUUCAGACCGGACCCAAGGAUUAAGCUGUUCGAGGGCCCAACGACUGUGUUUUAAUUUCGACACGUUUCCAAAUUAAGUUCCGACCCAGCAAGAAAGAAAAAGAGAGGGAGGUAACCCAAGAAAUUAUGUCCUCUUCCAUGCCCUUGACCAUGGAUCAUCAUCAGCAGCAGCAGCAGCAACAUCGUCGUUAUCGUCAUUAUCAUCAUCAACGUCGCUUGAUGAUUUGGCCCACGUUUUUAGUCUGUUUGCUUUUGCUGCAAACGACAACAACAACCAAUGCCAUCGAUUUGAGUCGCUUGUAUGGACACAUGGUGGAAAAGAGAAGUGGCGUCGCCUGUCAUCCGUAUGAGCCCUUCAAAUGUCCUGGCAGUGGUAAUUGCAUUUCGAUUCAAUAUUUAUGCGAUGGUGCACCCGAUUGCUCUGAUGGCUACGAUGAGGAUAUGCGUCUAUGUACAGCCGCCAAGCGCCCACCCGUAGAGGAGACGGCAUCAUUUUUGCAAAGUUUAAUCGCCUCACAUGGACCCAACUAUCUGGAGAAAUUGUUCGGUAGCAAGGCACGUGAUGCCCUAUCCCCGUUAGGUGGUGUUGAGAAGGUGGCCAUUGCUUUGAGUGAAUCACAAACGAUUGAGGAUUUCGGUGCUGCUUUACGUCUAAUGAGAUCUGAUUUAGAGCAUUUGCGUUCGGUAUUCAUGGCCGUGGAGAAUGGCGAUUUGGGUAUGUUGAAAUCAUUGGGCAUCAAGGAUUCGGAAUUGGGUGAUGUGAAAUUCUUUUUGGAGAAACUGGUCAAUACUGGAUUCCUUGAUUGAGUAGCGCCAGAUCCGGCUUCUGGAUUUUAUUAUGCACAUGCACAGCCCAUUAACCCUAAUUUCUAUUCUUAUUUAGGCACGCCCUAUGAUAGUUACAACUACUAAGAAAUGGGGCGUUGACCAUUGCUAAAGAAUUAAUUUUCAAUUUCAUAUCAUAUCUAACUUAAUUUUAACUUUUCCACCCUCUUAAAAGCCCUAACUUUUUAUACUAAACAAAAAUCAUCAAAAAAAAUUGCAAAAACCCAAAAAAAUCUACAAAAAAA